GCGUUUUACGACUCAAUCAUCACCCGAGUGAGUACGAUUUUCAGAUUGCUCUGGGAAGUUUUCGCCAAGAGAGGUGCUGCGAUUUUCUUACUCUUUUCUUUUUUUCCUAUAAAUUUUCAUUUUAAAUGAUGCUAGAACUCCCGUACAAGUUCCACAUCUUCAACUGAGUUCCAGCAGUAGUUCAAUAAAGCUUACAGUAAGGGAGGAAGAGGAGGCCAUGGAAAAGCGCGUGUACGAAGUUUGGAAAGGAAGUAAUAAGUUUAUCCUUGGUGGGAGGCUGAUAUUUGGGCCAGAUGCUAAGUCUUUACUUGUUACCAUAUUGCUGAUCGCUGUUCCUGUUAUUAUCUUUUGUGUGUUUGUUGCAAGGCAUCUACGACAUGCAUUUUCUCCGUAUAAUUCAGGAUAUGCAAUUCUGGUGGUAGCAAUUGUCUUUACUAUCUAUGUGUUGAUUCUUCUUUUCCUCACAUCUGCCCGGGACCCAGGAAUCAUUCCACGCAAUUCACAUCCACCAGAGGAGGAGUUCCGCUAUGAAUCUUCCAUUUCAGCUGAGGGCGGGGGUAGGCAAACACCCAGCCUCCAAUUCCCUCGAACCAAGGAAGUUACGGUUAAUGGGAUUCCUGUACGGGUCAAGUACUGUGACACAUGCAUGCUAUAUCGUCCUCGUUGCUCUCACUGUUCCAUUUGCAACAAUUGUGUCGAGCGUUUUGAUCACCAUUGUCCUUGGGUAGGCCAAUGUAUUGGACUGCGGAAUUACCGGUACUUCUUUAUGUUUGUUUCUUCGGCAACUCUUCUCUGCAUCUAUGUAUUCUCCAUGUCAGCAGUGUACAUGAAGGUUCUGAUGGAUGAUCACCGUGGAACAGUUUGGAAAGCAAUGCAGGAAUCUCCUACAUCUGUCAUUCUAAUGGCAUACUGUUUCAUUUCACUGUGGUUUGUCGGUGGACUAACCGGGUUUCACUUGUACCUCAUCACAACAAACCAGACUACCUAUGAAAAUUUCCGAUUUAGGGCUGACAACAGAAUCAAUGUUUAUAAUCUUGGAUGUCCGAGUAAUUUUCUUGAAGUAUUUUGCACGACGAUAAAACCCUCAAAGAACAAUUUCCGGGCAUUUGUUCAAGAGGAGGUGCCAAGGCCUACUGUACCAAGUACUCAAGGAGCUGAAGAUCUAGGUGGAGAUCCGCGUUCCAAGGUUGAAGACGAUCUAGAUAUCGGUGAAGAUCUAUUGAAGAUCUCCCAACGACGUAAUAUUGAGGAAAUUGAUGAGGACAUCCACAGUAGAGGCAGCAAUGGCCCUGCUCAUACAGCCUUGGACGUUGAUUCUAUUCUGGAAUCUGAUCAUCGAGCACCUACAAUUCGAUCUGAAACGAGACACUCAAGUUGGGGAAGGAGAAGUGGUAGUUGGGAAAUCGCUCCCGAUGACGUCCUUGCCAAUUCCAAAGCUACCGAAAGCAGAAUCCAUGCGACGUCGGAAGAAGCUCGCCGAUGAUGGGGUUAAUUUGUAUAGAGUUGCCACUGCAUGAAUUGAUAUGCAUAUUCUUUGGAUGUCUGUAAUUGUUAUGAGAAGAUAAGUGAAUAGUUGCCUUUUUCAUCUCUCGUUCUCUUAGAUUGUGGAAUGAUAUGCAACGUUGAGUGGA